AAUAAAUACGCGCGAGUGAAGUGUAAAAGGAGAAGUGAAAAUAGUAAAUCACGCAAUUUGUGAAAGCAGUUUAUUUUAACGUAGCUUAUACAGUUAAUAUACAAUGGAGGAUAAUAAAGUAAUGGAUAUAGAGGAACAUCAUUUAGAUGAGGAUGUACUAUCUUGCUCUUCGUCAAUUUUGAAUACGCCUCGCAAUGAGAGGCAAAUGGAUGAUUAUGCAAGUGACUCGGAUGAUGAUGUAAAUGUAACUCUGCUUUCGAGACCACAAAUAGAUAUCAAGACUACUUUGCCCAGGCAGGACCUAACUGGUACUAAACUGGGGACUGACUCAAUCAAACCUCUAAGUGGGGCGGGAAAAAAGCGGUACAGACGCCUUAUUGACAGCGGAAUCAAUCAGGAAGAAGCACGUCGUUUGGCUGCCUUACCUUUGCUCACUCCCAAUUCUGAUCCCGGUAAACGCUUUCGGAACAGCGAGUCCAACAGCAGCGGCGAAAAUCCGCGUCCUAAAAAACAGGGUCGUCCCAUGACAUCAAGAGGGAAUGUGAAUAGAAAAUCUAUUCAACAUCGCUUAGAUCAGAUUAGGGCGGGGCCAUCUGGGACAAUGACUAAACCAUCGUACAGGGAUGUAGUAAAUAGUGUGAAGGUAGGCAUUAUCCCAAAGGACUACCCGAACUCAGAAUUGACGAUGCAACAGUUAAUUGCAACGCAAAAAGCUGUUCUCGGCAAAGUGCUACAUCAACGCAAAGAAAGAGUCAAACCAAAAUUUGGAAAUUGCCUAUUUAGGCCGGGUUACUUAAUUUUAAUCUGCAAAAACCAGGAGACAUCUGACUGGUUAAAAAAUAUCAUUUCAAGUAUAAUUCCAUCAGUGGGAGUAGAUAUAGUUGCAGUGGAUGAACACCAGAUUCCACAACCGGAGACUCUGAUUGGAUUCUUUCCGAUGAGUGUAGAAGAUAGCAACGAAGACAUACUUGCUCUUCUAGAUGCUCAGAAUGAAGGGUUAGUAGUCGACAGUUGGAAGAUAUUUGUGAGGAAAAUCAUAAAUAAACGUCAUGUCGAGCUAACAUUUAGUGUAGAUGGAGUAUCCAUGAGAUCUUUAAAUGAAUGUAAUUUCGUACUGGAUUUUAAAUUCGGUAGUGCUCCUAUCCGGAAGAAAAAUCCCAAAAAAACCAAAACGGAAAGAAUGGAAACAGAUGACACGGAGGCUAUCCGAAUUAAUAGGAAUAUCUGCGAAACUGGUAACGUUAAAAUGAUUGGGACUAACACCAACCAUGACGUCCCAGGACCGAGUGGAAUUCAAAAUUCGGUAAGGACUUCAAGCAACACUACUGAGGUCAACAGUAUUAAAAGGACGCCUGAUGGAACUGGAGACGAAAAAAAAGUCCCAGGAACAAGCGGCGGCCAAAAUACUGGACGAACUCAAUCAAAACAGACAUAUAGAAAAAUUGAUAUCCUAGCAGGCAACAGUGACUGCGGGGUUUUAUUGGGGAACGAGUAGAGGUACCCAAAAAGCAAUCCAACAAUCAUCACAUUCCAUAGUCAAAACAGCAUAAAUUUCAUCCAGAUAAACCUCCAUCACGCAAAGGGUGCAAGUGCUGUACUUUGUAAGAGGUUUAUCCAAAGCAGACUGGAUAUUGCUUUUAUCCAGGAGCCAUGGACAAAUAGAGCAAAAAUAUUAGGAAUUGAUACUAAAUCGUGUAAGUUAAUUUACGACGAAACACAGCAAUCUCCUAGAUCCGCUCUUCUUUUCAAUGGGAAUAUUAAAAUACUACCCAUUACAGAAUUUAUUAAUCGUGACAUUGUAGCGGCAGUAGUGGAAAUUCCCACUACACGUGGAAAAACAGAAAUCUACGUAGCAUCUGCAUACUUUCCUGGGGACGUAGACGAAGUGCCACCCCCGGAGGUUUCAGCUUUCAUAUCGUUCUGUAAAUCACAGAACAAAGCGUAUAUCAUAGGAUGUGAUGCAAAUGCGCAUC